AUAAAUUAUAUCAUUUAAAUUGAUAUGCUAUGGUAAAUGCAAUAAUAAUAAACAAAAUUCUCUCUAUUUCAUAAAUUUCAAUUUCGUAUUUUACAGAGACACAUAAUUACAAUGAUUUAGAAAUUUGGCCUGUGAUUUCUCAACAACUACAGUAUUCUCAUCAAUCUUAUGGUCAGUUCAAAUGUACACAACCAGGUCUUUAUGCCGAUGAAAAUGAUUGCCAAAUAUAUUACGAAUGCGCGAAAAUUCAGAACAAACGUCGCCUUGAAUUUCGCCAAACAGUUCAUAAAUGUAAUUCUGACAAAGUUUUCUCGUAUGCAUAUGGUGGUACUUGUACACAAUCUCAAGAAAGUGGAAGAGUGAAAUGCAGUGGCUACUCGCGGUUAGAGGAGCAAUAUAAUACAGGGACUUCUUCAAGUAUAUCAUCUAGCACGACAAAAAAAAAUGCAAAAAAUAAUAACUCAAAUAAAAUAAAUAAAAAAGAAAAUAGUGAAGAACGUAAAGCACAGAAAAAACCGGAUUAUAAUAUAAAUAAUAGACAAAACAACAAACAUGAUCAAAAUAAUAAAGAAAAGAAAAGAAAUAAAUACAGUAAUGAAGACUCGGACAGUAGUAGCAAAGAAGAUAACAAAAAACCGAAAAAGAAAAAAGAUACAAGCAAAGAAAUAGAAAUGACAACGCAACGCACGGCUACACAACGUGUUUCAACAGAAGAAUAUUCCGGAAGCGACGAGGAAAACCAGAAUGAUGAAUUUACAAUUACCACCCCCAAGAAUCCUAUUGAGAAUCAAUCCGGAAGCGAGAAGAAAAAUGCGGAUCAUAAUACAAAUAAUAAGCAAAACGACAAACACACAAAAAACGACAAAAAAAAGAAAAAAGAUAAACACAGUAAUGAAGACUCGGACAGUAGUAGCGAAGAAAAUACCAAAAAACCGAAAAAGAAAAAAGAUACAAGCAAAGAAACAGAAAUGACAACGCAACGCACGACUACACAACGUGUUUCAACAGAUGAAUAUUCCGGAAGUGAGGAGGAAAAUCGAAGCGGUGAAAAUAAAAUAACCACUCCUCAGUUUCCAACCGAGAAUCAGUCCAAGAGCAAGGAAAAUAAUGAGAAUAAUGAGAAUGGUGAAAAUAAUAAAACCAUUCCACAGAUUUCAACCGGAGAUCAGUCCGAAAGCAAGGAGGACAACAAAAAUAGUAACAGCGGCGAAAAUAACAAAACCACCCCACAGAUUCCAACCGAAGAUCAGCUCGGGAGUAAAGAAGACAAAGAUGAUAAGAGCGAAAAUAAUAAAACCACCCCACAGAUUCCAAUCGAAGAUCAGUCCGGGAGCAAGAAGGACAACAAAAAUAGUAACAGCGGCGAAAAUAAAAAGAAUACUCCAACCGAAGAGGAAUCUGGAAGCAAGAACAACACAAACAGUAACAGCGGUGAAAAUAAAAGAACUACCCCACAGAUUCCAACCGAAGAUCAGUCCGGAAGCAAGAAGAACAACAAAAAUAGUAACAGAGGCGAAAAUAAAAAAACUACCCCGCAGAUUCCAACCGAAGAUGAAACUGGAAGAAAGGAGGACAACAAGAAUAGUAACAGCGGCGAAAAUAAAAAAACUACUCCAACCGAAGAGGAAUCUGAAAGCAAGGAGAACAACACGAACAGUAACAGCGGCAAAAAUAAAAAAACUACCCCACAGAUUCCAACCGAAGAUCGCUCCGGGAGCAAGGAAGACAACAAGGAUAAUAAGAACGGCGAAAAUGAAAAAACUAUCCCACAGAUUUCAACCGAAGAUCAGUCCGGGAACAAGGAGGACAACAAAAAUAGUAACAGUAGCGAAAAUAAAAAAACUACCCCGCAGAUUCCAAUCGAAGAUGAAUCUGGAAGCAAGAAAGACAACAAAAAUAUUAACAGUGGCGAAAAUAAAAAAACUACUCCACAGAUUCCAACCGAAAAUCAAUUCGGGAGCAAGGAAGACAAAGAUAAUAAGAGCGAAAAUAGGAAAACUACCCCACAAAUUCCAACCGAAGAUCAGUUCGGGAGCAAGGAAGACAAAGAUAAUGAGAGUGAAAAUAAAAAAACUACCCCACAAAUUCCAACCGAAGAUCAGUCCGAGAACAAGGAGGACAACAAAAAUAGUAACAGUAGCGAAAAUAAAAAAACUACCCCACAGAUUCCAACCGAAAAUCAGCCUGGGAGUAAGGAGGACAACAAAAAUAGUAAUAGCGGCGUAAAACAAUUAAGGAAAUUAAAUAGUUAUUUAGUUUUAUAG